AUGAAAGAUGGAGCAACAAUAUGGAAACAUAAUACACCUGUAGAUUGUAGCUGGUAUUGGAGGCAGCUAAAUGCAAUCAAGGUCCAAAUGCGGGGUUGGUAUAACCAAGGAAGAUACAUGCUCACACAAACUGGAAAAUAUUCCAUCACUAGCAGUUACUUAGCACUGAUUGGCCAACAACCACGUAUGAGAACUGCUGAGCUAGCGUGGACAUCUAUGGCUCUACCUAAACAUAGAUUCAUAACGUGGUUGGCUGUACAAGGAAGAUUACUCACGCAGGAGAGGAAACUGAAAUUACACAUUCAGGUGGAGGACACUGAUUGCUGCCUUUGUGAUAAGAAGGUCAUGGAGACUACAAUACACUUAUUUGUGAAGUGUGAGUGGGCACAGGCUAUAUGGAAAGAGGUGGAAAAAUGGACAGGAAUAGCGUUGCAAAUCAAUGGGAUCAAGCAGACACUGGAAAGAAUAAGGUUGAAGCACUGGAAGAAAGUUAAGAAGGAGACUAUUGCGGCUACUUGUGGAGCAAUCGUAUAUCACAUAUGGAGAGCCAGGAAUUGGAAAAAGUUCAAAGGCAAGUCUGUACAUAUAAAGGAGGCGGCAACACAGAUCAAAAAGGAGAUUAUAGAGAGAUUAUAA